GAUAUGUUGUGUCCUGUGUGCCAGCCUUUCUGGCCUUUCUCUAUACUUCUUCUUUUAACAAGUUGGCAAGUCUGAUUUCAUAACAUCGUAUUUGUGUAUGUGAAUAAAUAAUAAGAUUCUUAAAAGUUACUCUUUCGAAUAGUUGUAAAAGAUAGAAAUGAAAAUUUUUUCGAAUGUCAAAAAUAAGAAGAAAUCAAAUCAUUUUAAUGUAAAGUUUAAUGUGCAAUAAUCAAAAGAUGGAAGAUAAUGGCAAAGUAGUUUGUAAUGAAGCAUUGGAAGAAAUUGACGAGGAUAUUGUGAAAGUCGAGUUGAAAUGUGAACAAAAUUUUGAUACUGAAACUCUAACAGUUGAUUUGACUUCUCCGAUAGAGGAAUAUACUACUGUUUUGCCAAAACAUAGAGAGAGACGCAGCAAAAAGUCAUUACAUCUCACAAAGUUGCAAUCUUCAACAUCAAAACUAAAUUAUUCCACAACAGAUUUAAAAUUGCGGAAAGACCGUUUCCGCCCUAUACGACCAAAACCUUUACCACCUGGUGCUCCAUUAAGACAUAAAUCAUUUGGAAUACCAUCUAUGCUGAAUAUGCUUACUUUAACAUCAAAUGUGACUGUGCCAAGUAAGAAUAAAAUUUUGGAUAAUUCCAACAAAAUAAAUCAUUGCAUUAGAACAGAUAAUAGUGAUACUGGAAAUAUUAUGCCAACAAUUAAGGAAUGCAAAAUUAAUAAAAAUAUAAAUGCAAAUUUGAAUGCUAUGACUAAUGGUAAAAGCUUGUGUACUAAGAUAACAUCUAUAUCUCAUAAGAAUAGUAUCGAAUUAUUUUUUGCAAGUAUGGCACAGACUGUAUUGAAUUUGCCUAGAGAAGUACAAGCAGAUAUUAAAAUGCAGAUCUGUAAAAUUGUUACUAUGGCAGAAGUAAAAUAUUCUGGAUUGUAGAUCAAAGGCUGAUUAAAUUUUGAAAACUGACAAUCUGUUGUUAUCAAGUUGGAAUUUGUGCAGUUUUUUUAUUAUAUGUCAUUUUA